AUGGAUUUCUCAGGCGCCGUGCAAUGGUGGGAUGAGUGGCAAUUGCGUGUACUGGUGCUGGGCAGCCUCUUCGUCCAGUGCAUGCUCUUCUUCUCCUCCUAUGUGCGUAGGCGUGCCCUCUCAUCUCUGCCCAAGCUCUUCAUCUGGCUCGCCUACCUAGGCGGGGAUGCUCUGGCGAUAUACGCCCUGGCCACCCUCUUCAACCGCCACAGGCAGAAGGAGCAGCUCGCCGCCGGCCUGGAGGUGCUAUGGGCGCCGGUCCUCCUCAUCCACCUCGGAGGCCAGCACAUGAUGACCGCCUAUAGCAUCGAAGACAACGAGCUGUGGACGCGGCACGGCAUCACCGCGGUGUCCCAGGUCGUGGUCGCCAUCUACGUCUUCUGCAAGUCCUGGUCUGGCUCUGGCGGCGAAAAGAGGUUACUGCAGUCCGGGAUCUUACUGUUCGUCGUCGGGAUCAUCAGAUCCAUCCAGAAGCCAUUAGCUCUGAAGACUGCCAGUAUCAAUACCAUGAUCGCCACUUACUCUACGUCCACGAGAAAGAAACAGAGCAUCUCAUUGUGUUGGAAAGCAAUGUGCGGUUGCUCAUGGGAUUGGUACUUUACUAGAAGUAAAACUAGAGAAGAAACCCAAGAGAAGGACAUCCCGCUUGAAGAAUUCGUGCAAGAAGCAAUCAAGAAUCUGCCAGAGCUAGCCACUGAUCAAAAGCAAGCUGAAAACCUCGCAUGGGAUCAAUCAUUGAAGGUAAAUGCCUACAGGUCACUAGUAGACAUAUCAGCCCCAUACUCCAGUCGGAUCAAAAGCCUAAAACUUUCAUUGGCCCUUGAUUACCAACAUGCAAAUAGUUUGUCGGCAGCAAUGCUUAAUGAGAUGUUUUUCCUCCUCUACACAAAACUACCUACGAUAUUCAGUAGCUAUAUCUGCUUUUCGCUUGUUUGCCUUCCGUUCCUAACCUUAGCUUCUGUUAUCCUCUUCUCCACAAACCACAUAUAUCAUGACUACAACACAACAGAUGUCAAGGUAACCUACAUCUUGUUUUGGUGUACCGCACUGUUGGAUUUCAUAUCGGUCUUCCUCGGUCCUUCCAUCGUGCUCAUAGGAUCAACAAAAAAGGUUCCCCAAUAUAACCUCUUGUCAUUCUGUGCUCGUAAGAAGCGGCCCACUGUUUUGAUGAAGCUUGCCACACUUGUCUUCUACAAAGACUAUGUCAAUGUGCAUUGCUAUAUAGAGCACGCAGCAAAACCAUCCUUACUCCAAGUUACAGAGUUGGUUCAUGGAUAUGUCAGGGAUGGUUGGAAAGGAUAUAUCCACAACGACGCCAGCUAUAGGAAAUUCAAUAGUCGGAGGGGCCAGUGGGCUCUAAGGCAUCAGCAUCAUCUCGGGUGGAGCUUGAAGAUGCCGUUCGAUAGAAGCAUCCUUCUCUGGCACAUCGCCACGGACCUCUGCUUUCACCACCAAGGCACAACCGCUCACGGCCAAGAGUUUGCCACUAGAAGCAGAGUGAUAUCCAACUACAUGGCUUACCUGCUCUCCCUCCAUCCAGAGAUGCUUAUGCCCGGGUCGAGGAUCGGUACCUUCACCGUCGCCUGUGAAGAUGUCGAAUUAGUGCUAGGCAGCAAGUAUGCGCUGGACACAGAAAGAGGACUUGCGCAUGGUAUUCUUUUCUGGGUCCAACAAUUUUCCUUAUUAGAUGACGCCAGGGCAAUAGGGUCUCUGGUUCCCAAGGCAUGCAAGCUUGCCAAAGGGUUGAUGGAUCUGCGGGAAGUGGAGAGGUGGGAGGUGGUCCAGGCGGUAUGGGUGGAGAUGCUAUGCUACUCUGCUGGUAGGUGCAGGGGGUACUUGCACGCCAAGAACAUGAGUGAAGUUAUGGAACUACUCACUCAUGUUUGGUUCCUCUUGUCAUUCAUGGGGAUGGAGACGUUCGCUGACAGGUUUCAGAAGCCAGAACCUUCCGAAAACAUGGAAGAAGAAGAAGAAGAAGAAGAAGAAGAAGGUGAAGAUGAUGGUGAAAGUAGAGUCCCGGAGAACAAGAUUAAUAUCUUUGUCUAA